AUGAGGUUGUGCGGUUAUAGUCAAGCAGACCAAGAACGCUUUGUGAGAGCGCAGUUGCUAAAAGGACUCAGGAACAGACAGUUGGCGCAAACAGCAAGAACUUACGGCCACGAGAUCAACCUGAUAGUGCAGUCGGCCACAAGAGAUGAGGCGUACGAAGCAGAAUCCUCGAGAGAUGUUAUUCCAGCAAGUCGUGAAUCAGGUGUCUACGCAGUUCAACAGAGACGCUGGCAACGACCAACGCAAGAUUUCCGUAAGCGCAACAGAGAAGACGUGUCUGAUGGCAACCAACAGUCAAAACGAUACCGCGGAUACGAGAAGCAUACUUUAGAUCGACGCUCACGUUGCUCUAGAUGCAACCGCCCAGCCCACCAGAAUGGUCGAGUGUGCCCAGCUUUGCACAAGAGGUGUAACGUUUGCCAGGAAGUUGGACAUUUUGCCGCAACUUGCAGGCGUAAGCGCAUACACGCGAUACAACACAAGGAGACUCAACCUUCUACCCCAGCUUGGAGCGGUGAUGAGGAAGAUAAUAAACAGGAAGUUAACACGUUAUCCCUUCAAGACGUAUUGAUAGAUUGUUGUCUUGGUUCGUCCGCGCCAAUACAGUUUAUGAUAGACUCGGGUGCCGACGUCAACGUUAUAGGAGAAUGUGACUGGAAACGGCUAAGCCAGGAUUAUUCCUCUGGUCGCGCAGCAAUCAAGCCGAUUGAACUCGCCAAUGAUAAAUCCUUGCUUGGCUACGGAUCGGGUCAUCCGAUGUCCAUCGUGAAUGUAUUUCAAGCAAAGAUAGCAGUCUUAAAGUCCACCAAGCCAACGGUAGAUGCAAAAUUUUAUGUUGUAAAAGGCGGACGACGAUCUCUGCUUGGUCGCGAGACAGCAAGCGACCUGAAACUGCUUCAAGUCGGAAGAGCGGUAAAUAAUUGCGAAUCAGUGGAUGAACAUGAAACGUUUCCAAAAAUGCCUGGAGUUCAAGUAACGUUCAAUUUGGAUAAAACGGUUGCACCGACCAGAAAUGCGUACUAUAAUGUACCAUCCGCGUUUCGAGAUGGCGCACGCCGUAGGCUAGAGGAAAUGGAAGCAAACGGCAUUAUCGAAAAAGUUAAUAGAGCUCCGGAGUGGAUAAGCGGAAUGUCCGCAGUACCGAAAGGCAAGGAUGAUUUUAGGCUAGUGGUCAACAUGAGGGGGCCAAACAAAGCGAUCAAGCAGGAAUACUACAGAUUGCCUUUAUUAGAGGAAAUGAAGGUUAAACUGUUUGGUGCCAGAUACUUCUCGAAACUAGACCUGCGGAAUGCAUACUACCAUCUCGAGCUUGCAGAAGAGUCAAGAGACCUUACUACAUUUCUAGCGGAAAACGGAAUGUACCGUUUUACGCGCCUCAUGUUCGGGGUUAAUUGUGCCCCCGAAGUAUUUCAGAGAGAGAUGGUGCGGAUUCUAAAUGGCGUGAAAAAUGUGAUCGUGUAUAUCGAUGAUGUUCUGAUCUUUGCGAGUACACUAGAAGAACUGCGCAUAACGGUGGCGGAAGUACUUACCAUUUUAAAGACCAACAACUUAACGGUGAACGAAUCAAAAUGUGAAUUUGACAAGGCACGCAUCCAAUUCUUGGGCCACGAAAUCGACGAGCAUGGCUUUCAUGUUGAACAGUCUAAAAUAGACAGCAUAUUGCGAUUCCGGCCUCCAACCACUGCUUCUGAGCUAAGAAGCUUUUUAGGCUUGGCUUCGUUCAUUAGCUCACACAUCCAGGGAUUCGCUGACAUUAGCCGACCACUAUGGACAUUAACAUCUAAAGGCUCUUGGUCCUGGGGUCCUCAACAGCAAAAAUCAUUUGAAGAAAUCAAGGAACGCAUCGCACAGUGCACAGUCUCCCUAGGGUUUUUCUCGGAGCAUGACAAAACUGUCUUAUAUACGGAUGCUUCACCGGUAGCGCUGGGAGCAGUACUCAUACAAGAAGGUGACGGUCAAUGUGCUAGGAUCAUAAGUUUUGCCUCAAAGGCUUUAACCGAAACCGAGAGAAAAUAUCCACAGAAUCAACGGGAAGCAUUGAGCGCCGUCUGGGCUGUGGAACACUUUGCAUUCUACCUUUUGGGAAGACGGUUUGUUCUCCGUACUGAUGCUCAAGGUGUGGCAUUUAUAUUAAAUCGAACACGAGAGGAUUCUAAGAGAGCCCUCACCAGGGCGGAUGGUUGGGCCCUUAGACUCAGUCCGUACGAUUACGAAAUCGAGUACGUUCGCGGCUGCGACAACAUAGCAGACCCUUCUUCGCGUCUCUAUAACGGUAACGAUAAUCCUUUCGACGAAGAAACUAGUCCUUGGGAGGUUGCAAUGCUGGAAGUUAACGCAGUGGGCUUUCUAACAGAAAACGAGAUAAGGGACAGUACUUCACGUGACACUAUGCUGCAACAAGUUAUACUAUCAUUGAACACAGGUGAGUGGCCAGAUAGUCUCUCUAGGUUUCGAUCGUUAGAACAGAACUUGUCUGUGAAAAAUGGAAUUAUCGUUAAAACUGGUUGUGCUGUAAUUCCUGCCGAUCUACGCAAAAGGACACUCGAGGUUGCUCACGAAGGCCACCCAUCUGCGUCAAAGAUGAAGACGAUACUACGGCAACGUGUCUGGUGGCCUGGAAUGCCAAGUGAGGCAGAAGCUUGGGUUAAAACGUGUCCAACAUGUGCAAUUAAUGGCAAACCUGAGAAAACGACACCGAUGCAACGUAUUUUUGCACCAAAGGUCGUCUGGGACACAAUUGCGUUAGAUUUUAACGGGCCGUACGCUAGGUUUAACGGAAUAUCUAUUCUUGUCAUCGUUGACUAUCGUUCACGUUACCUGAUGGCAAAACCCGUUAAAAGCACAUCAUUUGAGCAUACGAAACAGGUUCUCGAAAGUAUUUUUGAUAAAGAAGGUUUCCCCAAGAUCAUCAGGACCGAUAACGGCCCCCCAUUCAACGGAGAAGACUACAAACGUUAUUGUAAUGAACGAGGAAUACAAAUGUCUUUCUCUACCCCUCUGUUCCCUCAACAAAAUGGACUAGUUGAGGGAUACAUGAAGAUUGUGAACAAAGCCAUGAACUCCGCCGCCUUCAAUAGUACCAGCUUUGUCGAUGAACUGCGUUCUGCUGUUCAAGCACACAAUUCAUCUGUCAAUCGGGUAACAGGAAUUGCUCCGGAAGAAAUAAUGACCGGUCGGAAAAUUAAGCGCGGUUUACCCCUAGUUGACCACGCGAAAGUAGAAAUUGACGACAACCUUUUGGACAAGCUCGAUCGGGAUGCGAAACUUCUGGGCAAAAAACGUGAGGAUGAAAGGCGUGGUGCUCGAAAUUGCCGUGUCAAGUCUGGGGAUACGGUAAUUAUCGAACGAACGUAUCGUACCAAAGGCGAAUCGCGAUUUGCACCUAGACGGUACGUUGUUGUAGAGGAACGAAAUGGAUCUUUGGUACUCCAAGGUGAUGACGGAAACACUCUGAGAAGACAUGUGUCCCAAACAAAAAAGGUGAGUUUGUGGCGUGACAUAGACACACCAUCAUCAGCAAGUAUCCAGCCUGGCGGAUCCGUUGCACAACGAACGGUGCGAGCGAAAACCGCCCCCGCAUAUCUGAAGGAUUAUGUACAAGCUGUCGAUAUGUGUUAA